AUGAUCUUCUCAACCUCCCUCAGCCUCGUCUUGGCUCUUGCGCCUACCGCUCUCUUCGCCGCUCCAACACAGAAUGCCGAUUCCAUCGCGGCACUCAUCCCAAGACAGCACCUGCCUGUCGGUAUCUACGAGCAGCUGAAGAAGACCGACGCCCUCUGUGACCUAUCCAACGUCAAGCUUCCUAAUGCCCCCACUCCCCUGGCCGCCCCAGCCCAAGGCACCUCCCUCCGCCACAUCGCCAUCGGCCGCGGCACCCAAAACUACACCUGCGCCUCAUCCACCGCCUCGGACGUCCCCAAAGCCGUCGGCGCCGUCGCCUCCCUCUUCAACGUAACCUGCGACGCCGCCCGCCUCAACACCGACACCCUCGCCAAAGUCACCAACCUGGCCCUCAACUAUGCCAUCCCCGUCUCCCCAGAAGCCGAGAAGCGGCUUUCGGGCCACCACGAGUUCACCGCCGCCGGUGUCCCGCUGUUCAUGCUCCAGACCCAAGAUGCCGACUACGGCCGUGUCGAGUGCUCGGUUGAUGCAAAGAGCCCUGCCCCUACGACUGCCAGCUUGGGUACCAACCGUCUCGGUAGCGUCCCGUGGUUGAAGCUUAAUGCUACUGUUGGUACUGACAAGCACUGGGCUUACAAUGAGGUCUACCGGAUACACACUGCGGGUGGUGUUGCGCCCAAGACGUGCGAGGGUAUCGAGGGUAGCUUCACCGUCGAGUACAGUGCGCAGUACUGGUUCUAUGCCUAA